AUGACCGCAAGCAUUAACGAUUUGCCCAAUGAAAUACUCGAGUUUGUGUUCAACUUGCUUCCGCCCUACCAGGACUUGGAAUUGUGUGCUGCAGUUUGCAAACGAUGGAACCUGCUGGCGAAGAAUGUGAAGGCCCGGAAGAAAUUCACCUUGCAGAAGGGUUUGAUAGACUUCAACCUCUGCUGGAAAGAGAUCUUGAACGAAUCUACCCCCCAGAUCGCGGCUCGUUUCGCACAUGCCAGUUCGCUACAUCGACAUUCGAUGUACGUAUUUGGUGGUGCCUCAUCGUACGACACUACCUUCAACGAUCUGUGGAAGUUUGAUCUUUCCCGGCGCGAAUGGGUUCGACCGAUAUCGAUGGGAACGUAUCCCUCCCCGAAGGCAGGCGCCUCGCUGGUAUGCCAUAAUGAUCUGCUUAUACUGUACGGCGGAUGGAGGCACGCGUAUACCCCGUUUCAUAUGUGCACACUGAUCGACGAACUGCACAUGUACAAUAUAGGGGAGAACCGUUGGACCAUUGUCAACCCAACCUUCGGGCCACCACCAAUGACGGGCCAUUCGGCCACGGUACACCAUAACAAGAUGAUUCUGUUCGGCGGCUAUCAGAAGAAUAUGGAAAGUCUUAGCACAUCGAACGAUAUUUGGGUGCUUGAUUUGGACGAUCUUACCUGGAAGGAACCAGCGGUGUCCGUGUUGAAGCCGCCACCACGCUACGGGCAGUUUCAGAUGGCGAUCGGGGAGGAUCACAUUUUGGUCCUGGGAGGAACCGGUGGUGUGAAUCGUGUUUUCAACGAUGCUUGGCUGUUAGACAUGCAAAAUGAUACAUGGGUUUGGAAGAGGGUGAACAUCAAAAACAAAAGAGGUACCGUCACGCACAAUUGGUGCUAUCCGGCGUGCAACGUAGGGUCGAAGGUAAUUGUGCUGGGUCCAACAUCGCCCAACGAUUUUCAAAUCAUUCGUCCAAGCCGUCCCGCUGGACUUCAGCCACCGGCUGGUCAAAAUCGAAAUCGUGCUGCCAUGGGACCUGCUGUUCCACCUCCACCGCCACGAAUGGAACCGAACAUCCCACGUAAUAGUCAAAACAAAAGCCCAAGCUUGCCUCCCCCCCCUCCGGCAGCAGCAUCAGCUCCAACUCCUGCCCCAGCGCUCCCGGGACCGUCCAGUUCUAAUAAUAAUAAUGAAAAUGUAACAAAAUAUUCGGCACCAAGCAACGCUCCCACUGAUUCGGUCAAACCAGGACCGUCGGGCUUAAGGCCAACGAGUAGUCCAAAUAGCGGGGGAAUAUCUGCGAGACCUCUGCCCACGAUACGAAGUGCAUUCGCUCGGCAAUCAUCAGAAGAUGACCAUUUACCGAAACGGUUCAAUCAACAACCUCCGGAGCAACAUCACAUGAGUAUGGCCGCCUUCAGCGUUCCUCCGACAAACCCUCCACCAUCCGUCAGCUCUCGCGUACGGCCUGAUCGAGUACGAUUGUUGGAGGAAAAGUUGUCGGCUAUCCGGCGCCGCAAAGAAGCCGAACAGCAACAACCACAGCAGCAGCAGCAGCAGCAACAGCAACCAAAUGCUGUGCCGUCACCAUCCGACGAGCGUCAAAAGGUAACAGGAACCCAGGAUUCCAACCAAGGACAGAAUGAGAAUAAAACUCACGGUGCGUCCAACACCACGGAACGCGAACCCGUAACGCCCAAGCGCGUCAAACGCAAUGGGCUAGCCAUUUACGUGUGCGACGUAUCUAAUCUGUUACCAACCGGUGGAGAGGAACCGUCUAUCGAAUGGCACGAGCCGAAAAAUAGUGGCCUAAUUGAAGGAGCUCCGGAUCACUACACAUUUUCGACCAUGGUGAGCGGCAACGGAGAACUGAUUGUGUUUGGCGGUCUCAACAAGAACAACAAAUCAGAGAACCUAUGCGUGUCUAACUCCGUGCACCUUCUCACUGUUCCAACGACGGUUGUUUAA